AACACUCCCACACUAAUUUGAACAUGGAUGAUGAUCAGAGAGUUGAAAGAGAACAUUAUGAUGGUGAUUGUUCAGACAGUUCUGAUUCGGCAUCUGCUAAAUGCACUCUGUCGGAUGAAGAGCAAUUACCCUACUCCUCAAGCUCAGUGACCACAUCGUCUGAAUCAGAAUCAUAUUCAACAACAAGGGGUAAACGCCUUACUAAACGGAGGGUUCGGUGUGGAUCAACGGCAAAUCAGGAGAAGGGAAAAGAUGCAUCUUCUUCCGAGUCCGAUUCUGAACAAUGGGAAAAACCUAAGGACAUGUUAUUUCCUUCCAAUUUCGAUAUUGAAGAUAUUGCAGAGCUGAUGGUAUUCUAUGACAAGGAACCAACACCAAUGGACUCUUUUCUGAAACAGAUUAAAGAAAUAAAACAUUUUCAAGUUCCUGUGGCAGUUCUGGCCAAUUUCAAAAAGAUGACUCAGGAACUGUUGGGAGAUUUUCAUUUAGAUUUGGAGAUGAUCACUCAAGCUGCUAAGGAGAUUUCUGAUACCAAAGACCAAGAAAGGAUGUCAGAAAUACGACAGCUUGGAUCAACUGUUUUUGGGACUAUUACCACUAAAGCUGGAUUGGUGAAUAGGCACAUGAACACCAUGCUGGGAAAUGAUGUACAAAACAUGGAUAUGUACAUGUUCAGGUUAUACAGUGAGUGGCAUGCAGGAGUGAUUGAGUUUUUACGGCGCUGUAUCGAUUUUGUGCACUCUAUCCUAUAUCCACAGACAUGUCCAACUUUAUCUUCAAAUGAGGAUAAUAUAUCUCCAGACCAGGAUAAUUUAUCUCCAGGUCAGGAUAAUUUAUCUCCAGACCAGGAUAAUUCAUCUCCAGACCAGAAUAAUUCAUCUCCAGACCAGGAUACUUCAUCCCCAGAUCAGGAGAAACUUACAUCAGAAAGAUUUUGCCACAAUUUGUUUAUGAGUUUUUCAAGAAUUUGUCUGCUUCAGCCAAGGUCACAGAGAAGACCAUGUGGAAUAUUUCGAAAGAAGAUUGUAGUAAGUGAGCCAGACAUCAGUUUUGUUCAGACGAUGACACUUACACGAAUUCCUGUGCUUGUCAUGGUGUGUGAGGUUGAGCGAGAUGAACCCUGCAGUUACAAAACAAAACACAAAGAGACCUGGAUAGAGCAGAUUUUCAACUCCAGAGUUUUAGGGCAAAUCGGAAUGGAGCUUUUGAGUGCCAGUAAAAUAUCGUUUUUUACACCACGUGUUGUAGGAAUCGCACGUUUAAGAACCGAGAUAAUGUUCUUCGUGUUGGAUAUCACUAAGGAGCAUUUGGAUGCCAUACAAAGGAAUGAAGCUUUAGAGGGAAAGCGUUCCUCAAUUCAUUACACAAAAACCUACAAUAUUCUGACACCCGGGGACAGGUCUGAAGUUCAGGACAUUCUCUAUUACAUGGCUGCAAUCCAGAACUUCAACUUCUUUUUACCUUUAUAGUGGGAAUUGAAGAGCAGACUAUGCGCAGAUCCAGAGUGUCGUGUCCCAUACAAUGCUGCAUACUGUGGCGCAAAUAGUGACUAUGGCGAUGACGGCAACAAGGAUGAUGAUGAUGAUAGUUCUGAUGAAGAAGAGGACUGCGAUGAUGUUGACUCUGGCAGUGGAUAAAAAUAUGGCUGGAUACAGAUAUGAAGCAUUUUAACAGCAAACUGGAAUUGAUAAGAAUACAUUGUUGCUCCAGAUUUAACCCGAAUUAUUUGAUGUUAAAUAGCUGUUUACAAACAAUUGUUACUUAGCCAUUUCUAAUGCACAAAUCCAGUGACAGUCAUGUGUCCAGGUCAGACUUUCAGAAGCCCGAGGUCAUGGUGGUCUUAUCUGUGUAAUGUUGUGUAUUUUCUUACUACAUGUACAUUACCGUGCCUUAAGUUAAAAGAAAUAAACAAGAAAUGUUUGUAAAACAUAUAUGCCCCCAUGGUGAAAUAUUAAAAAAGGGUAAUACA